AUGGCGGGACAACAAGUGGAUGUUUUAUUUCGUGAGUUCGGUAAUCCGGAGGAUUAUGAGCUCACCAGUGGGAUAUUGCUACCCGUCACGGAAACUAACUUCACCAUCCAUCCUCAAUACACUCGAAUGGUUCAAGCGGAGCAAUUCUCGGGUUCUCCAAGCGAAGACCCCAUUGAGCAUCUUGAUAGAUUUCUUGAACUUUGUGCCAUGAUACAAACCAACCAAGUUUCUCAAGAAUACAUUCGGAUGCAUCUAUUUCGACAUUCUCUUGCGGGGAGAGCAAAGAAGUGGCUCAAGCAAGUCAAGCCUAAUUCUCUCACAACAUGGAGGGAAAUUGUCCAAGCAUUCUUGAAAAGGUUCAUUUCCGAAGAGAAGACCGUCGAGAUGAGGAGGAAGAUUGCAUCAUUUGAACAAGAGGCGGAUGAAAGCCUUAGUGAAGCUUGGGAGAGGUUCAAAGAGUUGAUAAGGAGGAAUGCACCGAAGAAAGGUGGGAAGUAUGAGUUGGAGAAAGUUGAUCAAUUGCAACAUCAAAUUGAGCUUUUGACAAAAGGGCUUGCAAAGUUGAAUACUAGUGUCAAUAGUGGGGCAAGAUCCUCCCAAGUCAACUCUUUCUCUUGUCAAAAUUGUGGCGGCACUAACCACGAUACAUCUUAUUGUGGAGGUCCCAAGGAGGGGGAUGGAAAAGAAAAGAAGGAAGGAGAAGAGAGGGUGAGUGAAGAUAAAGAAGUUGAAGAAGAGAAGGUUGAUGAGAAAGAGAGAAGUAUGGAGAAAAAGAAGUCUAAGGAUGUGGUGACAUCCUCAACUUCUAGUGAGGCUAGAAAUCUUGAUGGACCGGUUCCUUUUCCCGGUCGACUUGCGGAGAGAAAAUUGAAUGACAAAUUCGCAAAGUUCUUAAGUGUGAUGAAGAACUUAUACAUUAAACUCCCUUUCAUUGAGGUAGUCACACAAAUGCCUUCAUACUCCAAGUUAUUGAAAGACAUUCUCACCAACAAGAGGAAGCUUAAUGAUGAGCUUAUCACUCUUCCCCAUCAACUUAACAUUGAGAUGAUCCCCACAAGGAAAACCAUUCCAUUGGCCGACCGUUCGGUGAAGCUACCUUGUGGUGAGCUUGAAGAUGUCCCUAUUCAAGUUGGGUAUAUCUAUGUGCCUUGUGACUUUGUAGUGAUGGAUAUGGAAGAAGAUGUGGAUACACCUUUGAUUUUGGGCCGUGAAGCUCUUAAGACCUUGGGGGCGGUGAUCAAUUGCAAGAACAAUACCAUUACAUGUGAGGUAGCCGAUGAAAAAAUUUUCUUUGAAUUCUCUAAGCUACUCAAGACCCCCAUAGUUGAGAAGUGA